UUGCUUUAACCACCAACAUCCCACCAGUCCACGAGUGACAAGUUUUUCCUGUAAAAUGGGAUUGUUCAAGGCUGCGGGCGUCGUUUACAAGCCGGUAGAGCAGAUCGAUCUUGGUCCUGGCAGCAAUGAGUUUUAUCUCAAAGCCAAUGUCAAAGCUCCUCGCAUGGCUGGAUUUCUGGUUAAAAUCUUUGCCUGGUUCCUGGAGUCAAGGAUCAUAGGAACAUUGUUGUUGUACAUUUUGAAGAGGAACAAUCUAAUUCACAAGCUUGUUUCGAAUGCCACGCUGGAGGAGCCACCUAUGUUUGUUCCUUUGCAUCCUUUUGUUGACCUUAACGAACAAGAAGUAAAACAAAUUGACUCUGAUGCAUCUCCACCAGAACGAGUUCAGCAGGCAAUGAAUUGCCUUCCUUUAACCUUAGGGAAGUCACUUGAUGAUUUAAAACCCAACUGCUUCCGACGCUGGACAAUAGCGGAUUAUUCAAGAGCCUACAGUUCUGGAGAAAUAACUCCACGGAAGGUUGGAGAGCUGUUUAUAGAUGCUGUGCGUGAAUCUUCCAGUCUUCCUUUGCCUAUGUCCUUGUUCAUUAACUAUGAUGCUGAAGAUAUCCUAAGGCAAGCUACAGAGUCAACUCUUCGGUAUGAAAGAGGGGAUCCAAUAUCUGCUUUAGAUGGAGUCCCAAUUGCUAUCAAGGAUGAAAUAGAUUGUUCUCCAUAUCCAACUACAGGAGGUACAAAGUGGCUGCACAAGUUUAGACCUUGCACAGGUGAUGCAUGCUGUGUUUUGCGACUUAGAUCCUGUGGUGCAAUAAUUGUUGGAAAGACUAAUAUGCAUGAGCUUGGAGCUGGAACAAGUGGGAUAAAUCCUCACUAUGGGACUGCUAGAAAUCCCUAUGAUCCCAACAAAAUCGCUGGUGGUUCCUCUAGUGGAUCUGCUGCAGUAGUAUCUGCAGGAUUAUGCCCCGUUGCCCUUGGUGUAGACGGGGGAGGAUCCGUGCGGAUGCCUGCAUCCCUUUGUGGUGUUGUGGGGUUCAAACCGACUUUUGGGCGCAUACCUCAUUCAGGUGUUCUUCCUCUAAACUGGACUGUUGGGAUGGUUGGAAUAGUAGCAGGCACCUUGGAGGAUGCAUUUAUUGUUUAUGCUGCGAUUAAUGGCCAACUUCCAUCACAUGAGCCAACCACUUUACCUCCCAAAGUACAUUUUCCACUGCUGAACUCAACAAAUCCAAUAUCAAACAUCAAGCUAGCAAAAUAUGGAGAGUGGUUCAAUGAUUGCUGCGACGAAAUCAGAAUAUGCUGCUCCAAUGCUCUGCAAUUGCUUUGUGAGCGUUACAAGUGGAAGACUGUAGAGGUUACCAUACCAGAGAUAGAAUCGAUGCGCCUGGCACAUUAUCUGACGAUUGGUUCCGAAUGCACCACUUCGCUGAGUUCUUAUCUGGAAAAGCUCGAUUAUGCAGAAUUAGGAUGGGAUGCAAGAGUAGCACUUAGGGUAUAUGGUGCUUUCCACAGCAAAGAGUACAUAAAGGCCCAGAAAAUGAGGAACCGACAGAUGCAGAUUCAUAGCAGUAUAUUUGCCAAGGCAGAUGUCAUUGUUUCUCCGACAACGGGUGUGACUGCAUACCAGAUAUUUGAUGAUGCUGUAAAGACUGGUGAACUUGAUUACAUAAAUGGAGCUGCCCUUGUUCGAUAUCAGAUAGCAGGAAACUUUUUGGGACUACCUGCAGUGACGGUUCCUGUUGGCUAUGACAAGGCAGGUUUACCAAUUGGCCUUCAAUUUAUAGGAAAGCCAUGGUCAGAACCCACAUUAAUGCACAUAGCAUUUGCAAUGCAGGCCUUGUGCAUCUCAGACUAUAGAAAGCCAAAGAUUUUCUAUAAUCUACUUCAUAAGAAUUGAGCAGGCCGUGGGAUGAUAAUCAGCCACCAAGAUUAUUGCAUUCAGCAUAUAUAGCUUCUUCUACUUCUCUUGAUGAAAUGGCUUUGUACAACUGACUUACCAUGGUGCAUAGCAAUACACAGUAUUGCUUAAUUUAUUUACGAGUUGCCAUUGUUGAGAUGGAUAUCUCAAAAAUCGUUGGCAUCUGAAAGUGUGUAUCAGGUAAUUCAUAUCAAUAAACAGACUGAUUCAGAUGCUUGUUUUAUGCCUAUAACUGGAUCCAAUUCUCGUGUUAAAAGUAGCGUGAUUGUGGACUUGGGGUAGCCAGAGUUCAUGUGGAACUUGCUGA